GGGCGCUGCUGGUGUCGCCAUGGUGACGGGGUUGUUCCCGGGGAGGCUGUGAUCGGUUGACAGGUGUGUGACAAUCGGAGCUUUCUGCAAGCAUGUACGCCAAAGGCAAGAGUAACAGCGUACCGUCCGACAGCCAGGCCAGGGAGAAGUUAGCUCUAUAUGUGUAUGAAUACCUGCUACACGUGGGGGCACAGAAGUCCGCUCAAACGUUUUUGUCAGAGAUAAGAUGGGAGAAAAAUAUCACAUUGGGCGAGCCCCAGGAUUCCUACACUCUUGGUGGUGCGUAUUUUGGGAUCUGUACUGUGCUGCUCCAGAGAGACGAGAAACCUGUGAACAUUCAAGUGAAGCGAAAGCCUUUCAUGAUUAUAGCGCUGCAGCUGCACCCAGUCCUGUUCUAGGAAAUAUGCCCCCGGGGGAUGGAAUGCCAGUGGGUCCAGUUCCUCCUGGAUUCUUUCAGGUAUGUACAGACUAAACAUAAACACGGCGGCCGCUGCCGUCAGAUUCAUACAGUCUAAUCUCUUACUGCCGGCUGCACGGAGCGCCUCUUAUGGAGUGUCUCUUCUGUGAUGGCUGAUAAUGUGCCUAACGUGGGUCAUUCACCUUAUAAAGCAUACUCCGACAUGAUUUAUACGCCAUCACAGCCUGCCGUCAAUGGAGGAAUACGUUCUGUACAUUCAGGUUAUACAGUCUAUUUUAAUAGCUGCUUGUCUUU